CCUCUCUCUCAGCAGCGCGCCACCAUUCGCAACAGCCAACACCGCCGAUUCCCCCGGCCGCCCGUCCCGCCGUCGCCAUGGACAGGCCACCGGUGAGCCGUCCCUCCUUCCCCGCCGGCAACCGCUACGCCGCCGUGGAUGGAUAUGGCGGGGGCUACGGCCACCGCCUCGCUUCUUCACGGGGCCAGCCCGGAGCUCCCUACGGUGUCGCCGCACCCGCACAGGUUCGUCCCCUCGCCUCGCCGCACGGGCUCGGCCCGCCGUCCCGGCCUCUCGUCGCGGGAGACUUCAGCGGCAAAGGCGAUGGUCUACUGGGCCCCGGUCCCGGCCCCGUCCUCUACCGCCCCGGCAACGCCAGCAGCCGCCCCUUCCUCCCCCUCAACGACUACGCCAGCGACCCAAGCAGCGGCAACUCCAGCAGCCGCCCCUUCCUCCCCCUCAACAACUACGCCAGCGACCCAAGCAGCGGCAACUCCAGCAGCGGCUCCUUCCUCCACCUCAACAACUACACUGGGAACUCAGGCACGGCAGCCAGCACGCCCUUCCCCCCCGUCGAGCAUACCGGAGCCUUCGACGGUUCGGGAGUGGUCACCAUUGACCUCGAGAAUUCUGUGCAAGUCUUCAACACCAUCAAGCGCAAGGUGCAGAAGAGGAGCGGCCACCUCUACAUCGGCCUUGACCUCGAGUACUGCGCAAGCUCCGCCACUGACCUGGACCAUCGCCCGUUCUGCCCCAACGACUGGUAUGAGUACCUGAAGAAGUAUGUCAACGAAGGUGCGCUUGUCCAAAUCGGUCCUGCUCUAGCGUUCGAGGGUCCGGUACCAUCUCCUGUGGAGGCAUACCAGGUGAAUGUGCAUAUUGAUGUCCAAUCCGGUGGAUAUCACCCAUCUGCAGUCGAUUUCCUGGAGAGCCAGGGGCACAAGUUGGCAGAGUAUAGGGACAGGGGCGUGAUGCCAGAGUGGCUAUUUGCAGAUGUGCUUAGCCACUUGCCCUUCGGUGAUGAUUCUGUAACCUGGAUCACCUUUCAUGGAGACAGGGAUGUGGGGUUCCUUCUCAGGUUGCUUAUUGCCGGAGGCAGAGGAACAUUGCCCUCAGACAAGUUUCUACAUGUGUUUCGUGACAAAUUUCCAUUGUUCUACGAUGUCAAGGUGCUUGCUCAGCUAGUGCAGCCAAGGUUUGCUGGCAAGCUAACCAAGUUGACAAAGUUGCUUGGUGUACAGAGGCAAGGAGAGGAACACUUUGCAGGGUCCGACGCUCUGCUGACACUUGGCUACUUCAACAAGAUUGUGGAGAUCUCGGCCAAGACUAACAUAGUGUCCAGAAUGGGUUUGCUAUCUGGUCUGGAGGAGCUAGAGCUUUCCAUGACUUGCGGGAAAUCAGUGAACGAUUCUGGCAUCAAUGUCUUAAAGGUUACGGCGCAUAACUACGAUGAGGAGGCAGCACGGAUCUCUGACCUUGUGGGGAACAAUUUUCAGUUCGUCGCAAUGCAGGUACUCUUACCAGCGUCUCAAGACAUCCUAGGUACCUCUGCUGGAGCUCAGUCCAGCUAUGAGAGAGUGAAGAAAGUGCUGGAUAGUGUUGACAGGUUUGAUCUGCUCAUAGCGUUCAUGAACGCUGAAGGGGUCUUGGGGCAUGGGCGGGUGUGGCAAUUCAGCUUCAAUCUGAGGCUGGAUGGUGCUGAUCAAGAUGCAUACGUGUGUCCCCGUCGGCUGGCUUGCGUUUUAGCUUCUUCUGGAGUGACCCACCGCCCCAAUACGGUCUGGGUCACAGUACAUGGGGCGUAUGGCAUUGCCUGCCUUCUCAAGGCUUUUCUUUCCCCAGUUGACCUUCCUCACGCCUACAGAGAUUUUAUCAUCAGCCGUGCUGCUUGUUUUCCAUGCCUUUAUGACAUUGGCUUGCUUGCCAAUUCAGCACGAGACUUGGCGCUUCUGCCUACAGGAUGUAACGGUGGACUGGGCCACAUAUCCAGUGCGCUUGGUGUCCUCGAGGAUCCCUGUGAGGUGGUAACUCUCCUACGAACCUUCAAUGCAUUCCAAGCAAGACCAGAUUUCCAGAGCUUUGUGCCCGGUGGGCUCAUGGAGCGAUGCUGCCCUGCAUGCCUGAACAUGCAGUGACUGACCUUAUGCUUACGCCUACAAUACCCCUGGUGUUGCAGUUCUGGUGCCCAUGCUGUAACCCUCCUCUGAAUGUUAGUUGAGCUGGUGUUGUGACUGUAAAAAUCGUUGCUGAUUCUGCUAGGAAAAUUUGCUACUGCAUUUGAGAUGCUCCUGCUGAUAAUGCUGCUCGGAAUGUUGCAACAAUGUAAAUCUUCGCUUGCUCUGCUGUAACUCUGCUCCGGGUGUUUGCCAAUUGUGGUGAUGCUCUUUGAACAUAAUACAAUUUGAGGUGGCAGUCCAUUUCUGUAACUCUACUGCUAAUGUUAGCUGUUUGAGAUGAUGAUGGAACUAAGCCUUUGCUGAUGAUGCUGUAACCCUGCUCGGAAAGUCUGCUAGUUCAGCUGAGUCCAUUUCUGUAACUCUACUGCUAAUGUUAGCUGUUUGAGAUGAUGAUGGAAGUAAGCCUCUGCUGAUGAUGCUGUAACCCUGCUUGGAAAGUCUGCUAGUUCAGCUGUGUAAAUCGUUGUUCAUUCUGCUGUAACUCUGCUAGGAAUGUUUGCUAGUUGCGCUGAUGACGUAACUGUGUAAAUCUGUAAUUCUGAUCGGAACGUUUGCUAGUUGAACUUGAGAUGAUGAUGCAACUACGUAAAUCUUUGCUGAUGCUGCUGUAACUCUGCUCCGUGUGUUUGCCAGUUGUGCUGAUUCUGUAACCUUUGAACAUAGUUUUUUUUAGAGAAAAGUACUAUGGUCCCUCCGUAUGUUUUUAGUCUCUCAAAUUUACCAAAAGUCUGCAUAUGGCCCAUCAAGUUUUUUUGGUCUGACAUUUAAUCCCUCAUGUCUCAAAACCGAAUAAUUUUCGUCCAAAACCAGAAACCAAACUGUAUUGAGCUGACCUGUCCCGGUUUCGACUCGAACAGCUCGAGUUGACUGCAACCUCAUCUAAUCUUUCUCUUUCUCCAUGGGAUACAUUUUGUCGAACACGUCCUGUGCCUUCGGCUUCCACACCGAGAUCAAAUCCGGCCACCACGGGCGUCGUCGCUCGCCGUCGACGAGCAGCAAGGCGCCCACAGGCGAGGCAGUUGUGGCUGGUGGUGACCGUGCAGACGGCGCACAGGAGCAGAGAAAUGUUCUAACUCCUGAGCGUGGCCACAACGAGUCGAGGGCGUUGACCUCACGGGUUGCUACAGCACGACCGGUGUGGUCGCCCUCUUUGUCCAGGAUGGGGGCCAGCGCGGGGUGGUGGAGUGGCGACCAGCGGCGAGGCAAGCCUCGGUGGGGUGAGUGCAAGAGGGAGCUGCAAGAGGUGGGGUGGCAACCGGACUCUAGCUCGGUCAGCCGCACAAGAGGUGUUCGACGAAAUGUUUCUGCUGCAACUCCAACUCACGGAGAGCAAGACAGAGAGAGGAUGAGGUGGCAGUCAAUUUGACACGUCAGCCCAAUACCCUUUAGUUUCUGGUUUCGACGAAAAUUACCCAGUUUUGAGACAUGAGGGACUAACUAUCGCCUAAAAUUUCUUAAGUAGCCACUUGUCAUAUGUAGACUUUUCAUAAACUUGAGGGACUAGAAAUACAUUUCUCUUUUUUAACACAGUACAAUCAAAGUCAGUUGCAUGCAUGAGUAUACACUCACUCGUAUGAACACACACCAUAUCCCGAUGAGCACCUCCGAGAAACUGAAUCAACAUAGCAUCUUGAUAUUGACCAAGUCACCACAAUCACCUCGUAGUCGACGGGAACGUCUUCUCUCACUGAACGAACAUCACCGAAUAAAUUCAGAAAAA